GUACAAGGCACUGUUGCGCCACUUGAGCCAUAUCAGGUGACUAACGUGUUGAAGUUCCACCGCAACGCCAAGACAUGGACAAGGAGACAAACAAGGAGGCUUGUCCCGGGAACGUGGAGGACAUGGAGGACACUGAGGACUCACUUUUCGGAUAUUUGGACGACGAAGACGACCUGGAAGCUUUUUCAGACGCCGACCUGAACGUCGAGGACGGAGUCACAGGCUUCAAUGGCUCCCUGCCUGGAGAGGUGAAACCUCGCAUCCUGCUGAUGGGUCUGCGAAGGAGUGGCAAGUCCUCCAUCCAGAAGGUGGUUUUCCAUAAAAUGUCUCCAAACGAGACGCUGUUCCUGGAGAGCACCAACAAGAUCUGCAGGGAGGACGUCUCCAGCAGCUCCUUUGUCAGCUUCCAGAUCUGGGACUUCCCCGGUCAGAUUGAUUUCUUUGACCCCACCUUUGACUAUGAAAUGAUCUUCAGGGGCACUGGAGCGCUGAUCUUUGUUAUCGACGCGCAGGACGACUAUGUGGAGGCGCUGUGUAGGCUUCAUCUCACAGUGACACGGGCCUACAAAGUCAAUCCAGACAUCAACUUUGAGGUCUUCAUUCAUAAAGUGGACGGCCUGACGGACGAGCAUAAGAUUGAGAAGCAGAGGGAUAUUUAUAAACGUUCCAAUGACGACAUGGCGGAUUCCGGACUGGAGCAAAUACAUCUGAGUUUCUAUUUGACCAGUAUAUACGACCACUCCAUAUUUGAAGCAUUCAGCAAAGUCGUCCAGAAGCUCAUCCCCCAGUUGCCUGCUCUGGAAAACCUUCUAAACAUCUUCAUAUCUAACUCAGGUGUUGAGAAGGCCUUCCUUUUAGAUGUGGUCAGUAAGAUUUACAUCGCCACAGACAGCAGCCCGGUGGACAUGCAGACUUAUGAACUUUGUUGUGACAUGAUUGACGUGGUCAUUGACAUCUCAUGCAUCUACGGUCUAAGCGACACGGAAGCAGCUUUACCUUAUGACAAGGAGUCCAUGGCCAUCAUCCACCUCAACAAUGUAACAGUCAUGUACCUGAAGGAAGUCACCAAGUUCCUUGCUAUGGUCUGCUUCCUUCGCAAAGAAAGCUUUGAGAGAAAAGGACUCAUCGAUUACAACCUACACUGCUUCAAGAAAGCCAUUCAGGAUGUUUUUGACGUCAGAGUGAAGCUUCAGCACAACAGAAAAUUCUUCCAUCGGAGGACAAGCAGCAAAGGCAGCAGUUUGCACUGAACACCCCCCCAUUCCCCCACCGCAUCCACUGAACACCCCCAUUCCCCCACCGCAUCCACUGAACACCCCCAUUCCCCCACCGCAUCCACUGAACACCCCCAUUCCCCCACCGCAUCCACCAUUGGACUGGGGAAUAGUAGCUGGCAUCCUUCACCUUUCAUGGCAUCAUCAUCUUCUGGCUCCGCCCUUUGACACUUAAAUCCACCCUCAUGGAUCUCCUCAAAGAUCUACUGCUUUAUCCUCAUAGAUCUAAACUCAUAGAUCUACUGCUUUAUCCUCAUAGAUCUAAACUCAUAGAUCUACUGCUUUAUCCUCAUAGAUCUAAACUCAUAGAUCUACUGCUUUAUCCUCAUAGAUCUACUGCUUUACCCUCAUAAAUCUAUCGCUUUAUCCUCAUAGAUCUACCCUCAUAGAUCUACCACUUUAUCCUCAUAAAUCUACCACUUUAUCCUCAUAAAUCUACCGCUUUAUCCUCAUAGAUCUACUGCUUUAUCGUCUUUAUCGUCAUAGAUCUAUCCUCAUAAAUCUACCGCUUUAUCGUCAUAGAUCUACCCUCAUAGAUCUACCCUUAUAGAUCUACCGCUUCAUCCUCAUAAAUCUACCGCUUUAUCCUCAUAGAUCUACUGCUUUAUCAUCUUUAUCGUCAUAGAUCUACCCCCAUAGAUCUGCUUUAUCGUCUUUAUCGUCAUAGAUCUACCCUCAUAGAUCUACCGUUUUAUCCUCAUAAAUCUACCGCUUUAUCGUCAUAGAUCUAUCCUCAUAAAUCUACCGCUUUAUCGUCAUAGAUCUAUCCUCAUAAAUCUACCGCUUUAUCGUCAUAGAUCUACUGCUUUAUUGUCUUUAUUGUCAUAGAUCUACCCUCAUAGAUCUACCGCUUUAUCCUCAUAAAUCUACCGCUUUAUCCUCAUAGAUCUACUGCUUUAUCGUCUUUAUCGUCAUAGAUCUACCCUCUUAGAUCCACUGCUUUAUCGUCUUUAUUGUCAUAGAUCUACCCUCUUAGAUCCACUGCUUUAUCGUCUUUAUCGUCAUAGAUCUACCCUCUUAGAUCCACUGCUUUAUCGUCUUUAUUGUCAUAGAUCUACCCUUAUAGAUCUACCGCUUUAUCCUCAUAAUUCUACCGCUUCAUCCUCAUAGAUCUACCCUCAUAGAUCUACCGCUUUAUCCUCAUAAAUCUAUCGCUUUAUCCUCAUAGAUCUACCCUCAUGGAUCUACCACUUUAUCUUCACAAAUCUACUGCUUGAACAUCAUAGACCUAUCCUCAUAGAUCUACCGCUCUAUCUU